AUGAAAGAAGCACCUAAUAUAAAGGAUGGCAAGCCAAGAUCCAUCACGGCACCGAAUCUAAUCUCCAUCUUCUCUGGUGCACCCAUUUAUAAUGAUUCGGUCAUUUUUGAUGACCAAAGCCACCAAACCGUUUCGUUGUCAGCAGCAGGGAUACGAGCGAUCAUCUACCAACUUCAAGGUCUAUAUUUGAGGACUCCAGUCAAAUUAUUUAGGCCAUCUCGUUUUGAUUACUUAGCACAAGUAAGAGUUCUUGCUAAUAAACAUCAUAACCUCCUGGAGAAACCUUAUCGAUUUAGAACUCAUUCAUCGUUGGCGAUGUUAUUCCAAGUGAUUAGAAAGGAAGGAUGGAAAUUUAUCCCAGACCACGUUUUACCGCCUUUAAUAGCCAACUCGGCAACAGGAUUAAUAUUGUAUGCCACAUACUUAACAACAUUGGAUCAUUAUAACAAAAAGCAUCAAACUCCGCCGGCAAAGUUCAAUUGGUAUUCUCCAUUUGAUACGUGGAGGGCUGGAUUUAUCGCCGGGGCAGUACAGUCAUUGGCUGCUGCACCUGUUGAUGCCAUAUAUACUAGACUGACUGUCUCAGAGAUGUUGGAAGGAACUCAUAGAAACCUUUGGGUGUUUGGUCUACAUAAAUUAAAGGAAAUUGGAUUGGUGGGUGUAUUUGCCGGAUAUGGGUUUUCGUUAAUAAAGGAGAGUUUUGGUUUUGCAUUUUAUUUUUCAACUUUUGAAACUGUCAAGACUGAAGGGUAUGAUUUAACUCAUCGAACUAUUAUGUGGUAUCAUAGAAGUGAAGAAAUUAUCAAAAGAAAGUUGCAAAAGAUAUUUAAAUGGAAUGAAGAACAAGUUGAUGAAAAAAUGGAGAAAUUGGAAAGGUAUAGGCUGGAAAGGUUGUUAAAGUCUACAUUUGUAUUAUUGGCUGGUGCAUCAGCAGCAUGUUCUUUAUUGGCUGUUCAAUAUCCGCUUUCCAAAAUCCAAAAACUUCAUUUGUCAAGAUUGGAAGCAUUAGAUGUUUAUUCUGCAUCAAAACACAGUACAAAGCCAUUUAUUACCUUGUAUUACAAUUCUUAUAUAGACACAUUUAACCAGGUGUUGAGAAUGAAACGAAAAUCGGGAGUUACAUGGAUUGAAGCUGGAUAUAAAGGGUUUGUUAGAAAUGCAUUGACAACUAUCCCGGCAACUUCGGUAGGAUUGUUAGUUUUCGAAAUGAUGAGAACUAAACUAGCUGAUAACUUUGAAGAGUAUGAGCUUUUGCAGGCAUGA